AUGUUAAUAACCCUGCACAUAUAUCAGCCUAAUGCACCUCCAAAUCAGAUUCCUUUACCUGAACAGAAUCGGAAUGAGGAUGGCGAGGCUCAUGAGGCUGGCGUGGAUGGCGAGGCUGGCGAGGCUGGCGUGGAUGGCGAGGCUGGCGAGGCUCAUGAGGCUGGCGUGGAUGGCGAGGCUGGCGUGGAUGGCGAGGCUGGCGAGGCUCAUGAGGCUGGCUUGGGUGGCGAGGCUGGCGAGGCUCAUGAAGCUGGCGUGGAUGGCGAGGCUCAUGAGGCUGGCGUGGAUGGCGAGGCUCAUGAGGCUGGCAUGGAUGGCGAGGCUCAUGAGGCUGGCGUGGAUAGAGAGGCUGACGAGGCUCAUGAAGCUGGCGAGGAUGACGAGGCUGAUGAGGAUGCGAGGCUCAUGAUUCACGAGGAGCAGAAGGCCAGAAGCCGUAAUCCAGGAAUCAAUGCAGACAGGAAGAGGGGACAGUCCAAACCAGCCUCCAGACACUCCACAGGACAGAGAAGAAGAAGGACAGAGAAGAAGAAGCACAGAGAGAACAGCGUACAGAGUCCCAGCGUCAGAGCAACCUCAGAGGGGAAUAUUCCCCUCUGACCACACCGAGAGGGCCAGGAGCAGUAAAGCCAUAAAACACAGCUGAAGAUCAGAGAUCUGAAAGAACAAGAGGCAGAGAGGGAGCAAAAAAAGAAAGAAAAAGAAAAACUAAAAAAGACAACAGAAACUAAACUGCUCUUGGAGAAUCAGGAAACAUGGCAGUACUUAAUAGGAAACAAUGGGGAGUGUAACCACAAAGACAACAAUCACAUAGCGACUUGUCAAAACAAAAUCCAUGUGCUCCAGACAAGACAAAGACGACAACAUGCCGAUCAGACCGAGGUCAUGACAAAAUGUGCACAUACUUGAUA